AGAGAGUGAGUGAGGAGAGCUUCUGAGGNAGAAACCUCNGCCGAGACUCUGCUUCUGUAAGUUUCUUUCCCUCUAUGUACACUUCUUCUCUUUCGUUCAUUUUUUUUUCUAGCAUUUUUCUGCUUUACAUUUCUUUUAUGUUCCUCGCACUUUACUGCUUUUUAUUCGCUUUUAUAUUUCUCGCACUUUACUAACUGUUUUUUUGUUUUUAAUUUGUUUUUCUGCCUUACGUUUAUUUACAUUCUUGACUUUAUUUUUUCGUCAUUUUUUCUUUUGUUGUUUUUUUUUUUGUUAUGUACACGGGGUAUAUAGGCUGGAAAACCGUUGUUUAUCUCCCUUCGUUUGAAGGUAUGACAGAGACAUUCGGGUAAAACAACGCCACGUACCCCAUUUCUGUAUUUUUUCUCUUCUUUUUUUUUUCGGUUUUUUUUUCGUUAUAUAAAAUUGAUGAACAUGGGGUAUAUAGGCCGAAGAACCGCCACCUACCCCACUUAAAACAAAAUUUUAAUUUCAACAAGAAAAGAGACCCCUUGGACCUAGAUNUGAUUAGAAUCCGUUGCAAGGACCUUGAAACCGACUUAUUUAUGGACAUUAGGACUGAGACCGGACAAAUAAAUGAAAGAAUUGACUUAACUUACCUCUGACAAUCUUAUCUUUUGUUUUUGUUUUGUUUUAUUUUUUUUUUGUUGCUUCUUUUUUAUUCUUAGAAGAAAUAUGAGCAAGGGUAUGGAAAAUGUGGAUACGACUUACAAAAGGUGGCAGUCCACCCCGCAACAAAUUCAGAUCCUGCUCAACAUCUAUAAUCACGGAUCAUCAAUCCCAAUCGGGACCAGAUCCGAGAAAUUGCAGAACGACUUCGGGUGUACGGGGAAGUCGGAGAGUACAGCGUUUACUGCUGGUUUCAAAACCAUGGAAACCGAAUAAAACACAGACGCUUGCCUCAAGAUGUCUCUGGGACAUCUGGACAUUCCUAUUCUCUCCUGCCGGCGUACAUUUAUGAUCCUUCAUGGGUCAUUCCGCAGUUUUCACAGGUUUCACCGACUCCACAACUCUUGGAUCUCUUCCUUAUUCCCCCCAUACGUGAAGAGGAAGCGAUAAUGACCUACCUCGUGCCAUUCCGCCUCAAGGCACCUUCCACGGCGCUUUCUCUGAGACCACCAUCACCUUAAGGGAACCCUCCUUAUCUAUUAUUAUUAUAGUUAUUUUUUUUCAUUUUUUUAUUUUGUAUAUAUUUUGUUGUUGUUGUUGUUUUUGUUUUGUUUUUUUUAUUUCUGGACUGUACUCUUAACGGUCGCUUAUGGCCGACACUUGAACCUCAUAUUUAUGCAAUAAUUUUUUUUUAUGCUUGAGUCAAUCGUCUUGCUCACAAUCAUCAAACUGAUUUUCAUUUUCAAUGUUUUGUGAAAGUGAUAAAUGUCUUACAUCCGAGGUCUAAACUUUGAGAUGAUUACAUGUUGACUUUUCUUCUAAGACAUCAGUGCACACAUGUUUGAAUUUAUUGGCAAGAGGAUGGUUUUGAAGAGAAUGAGAGUUGUUUGGAAUGAUUUGGAAGAUUGGGACCGACACAUGGGUACUAUAAUUUUCAAAGGAGAUGUAAUAUGUGAGUGCCAAGAUGAAACAAGAUAUACCAAAAAAUGUUGUCCCGAUUUAGUGUUUGGGAAAAUGAGCAUAGGGUUAUGGAUCCAUGAAAAUAAGGGUGAACAAAUCAAAUGAGACAUGCAAAUCUGUCCCAGUCUUGGUAUCAUGGGUUGAUGAAAAAUUUGUAUGAGACUCACAAAGCUGCCCCAGUCUUGGGUCAUGGGUUGAUGAAAAAUUUGUAUGAGACUCACAAAGCUACCCCAGUCUUGGGUCAUGGGUUGAUGAAAAAUUUGUAUGAGACUCCCAAAGCUGCCCCAGUUUAUUCCUUGGCAAAGGGUUCCAUUUGGAAGAGGUAGUGGGCAUGAAAAAGAUCGGCUAAAAGGACGAACCCAAUUGGUUUGAUUUUCUUUUACAUGCUUCUGGCUAGUUGGCAAGGAAAUCCCCUCUGCUCGAGACAUUAUCUUCUUCUCUUUUUUGUCAUUCAUUUUCAACUUUUUUUUUACGACACAUUGAAAGUCAUUUCACGGGGUAUAUAGGCUGGAAAACCGCUGUUUAUCUCCCUUCAUUUGAAGGUAUGACAGAGACAUUCGGGUAGAAUAACGCCACGUACCCCAUUUCUGUAUAAUCUUUGCCUUCCAUCAAUUUCAAUGGCUGAACCUUCAAGAAGAAGGAGGAGAAGAACCAGUGAAGUUUCGGAGAAUAAUGUUUGCAAAAGAGAUGAUACUGUAGAAGGAUGGCUCUCCGAUGAUCAAGAUCAGCAAUCCUUCUCACAAUUUUGGAAGGAAAGGAAGCUCAUCAAGCAAAAGUUCAUUGAUCUUGCUUGGUAUAUCGCUCACAACUUCUCUUUUCCAAAUCUUAUAAUUGAGCAAGGAGUUCAACACUUCAUGGAACUCCGUGGAAGGUACUAUCCUGAUCUUGUUCGAGUAUUCUAUUUUAACUUAAAGUUUCGUGAUGGAAUUUUCUCAACAAGGGUCAAAGGGGUGGACAUUGUCUUGGACAAUGAUGUUUGGACCAAUGUGGCAAAGGUUCAUGUGUUGGAAAAUUCACAAAUUGUUCCAAGUGACUUUGCAAAUUUCAACAAGAUAAUGGUAUUUCAAUCCUUUCUCCGCAAUCCUCGCCAACGCAACGCCCGUCUUUAUCUUGCCGGAGGACUCAAGAUGGAAGAGCGUCUCUUGCACUACCUCAUUGUUUGGCUCCUAUGUCCUAGAGGGUCCAACCAUGCACAGUGCUCUGAGACGGAUCUCAUCAUCAUGUAUAGGAUACUUCAGAGCAUCCCACUCAAUUGGCCUCAUCUGUUUCAAACCAUUAUGUUCAAAGCCAAAAGGUUAGAUGCUGCACCACUCCCAUAUCCUCUCCUAGUUUCGCAGAUCUGUGUGUAUAAAGGGGUAGAUAUCUCAAAUGAGCACUAUGAGAGUGUGCUCCUAGGCCAUAGAGUUGGAGAUAAUUCCCUAAGACAAAUGGGAUUCCUUAAACAAGGGGACUCCUAUGUUCAUCCUGAUGAUGUUGCUGGCGUUCAAGCAGAUGAAGAAGAAGAUGCAGAUAACCCCAUGCCUGACCCCACAAAUGUUGUUGGCACAUCUCAAGUGAAUGAAAAAUAUAGUCUAGAGAGUCUCUCUAGACAAAUGUCUGAGAUGGCUCGCCUCCAAAAUGAGAUGAUGCAUAUUCAAAACACUCGCCACGAAGAAAUUUGCACUCAUCUCAGGAAUCUAGACACUAGGAUUUCAGGACUAGAGCGACACUUUAAUAGUGACGAAAGUGAUGAAUUCUAGAUCCUCUUUGAUUUUUUUAUUGCUUAUCUUUAUGAUUGUAUGCUUGUCUUCUCUUAAAUUCAAUAAAAAGUAG